CCCAAAAAUAAAAAGCCCAAUGCAUUAAAAACGAAAAAGGAGUAAAUUCGAGUGAAAGAAAUCUGAAGUUUUGGAUAAAGAAAGCUACUGAAAAAUUCUGCAGGGCAGUCUCACUCCUCUCAUACCGAAAUCCUGAGGGAUAAAGCUCUCGAGAACUCGAAAAUGGCUUCAAUUUCUUCGUCGUUUUCUACUAUAACUAUUCCUGUGUGCAAUUCGUCAAUUACUUCUUCGAGACCGCAAGUUUCGUUCUAUUGUUCGAACCCCUCAAAGUUUAUGGCGUUGAAGCCUUCUCGAAUCACUUCUUCGAGAGUUAUGGCUGCUCCUGAAGUCCUGGAAUCCAAUGCCGAUGCUAGUGCAACUGAGGAUGAAGCUCCCUCUGCUUCAGCAUUGAGUGUGGGUGCUGAUUCGGAUAAGGUUGCCCCUAAACAGAAGAUUAGAAUCAAAUUAAGAUCAUACUGGGUACCCCUGAUUGAGGACUCAUGCAAGCAGAUAAUGGAUGCUGCAAGGACAACAAAUGCAAAGACCAUGGGUCCAGUGCCUCUACCAACAAAGAGAAGAGUGUAUUGUGUUCUCAAAUCUCCUCAUGUGCACAAAGACGCGAGGUUCCAUUUUGAAAUUCGAACUCAUCAACGACUCAUUGACAUCCUUUACCCAACCGCUCAAACAAUUGACUCAUUGAUGCAGCUCGACUUGCCUGCCGGAGUUGAUGUGGAGGUUAAGCUCUAGAUUGCGGUGAUGUAAAAUAUGAUUUCUUUGUAGACAUGAAAAAUUAUUGCCUUUGUAAGUCUGAAGCUGAAUUCUGGCAGACAAGUAGGGUAAGAACAAAAUAACGCUACAUUUUGUUGUUGUGAUAGAUGAAAUCUAUGGUAUCUCCUUAUUAGUGUA